UCUUUACAUGAAACCUAGAUAUCGAUUUAUUAAUAAAUUGGUCACGCCCAACCACAGUGAUAAUCAUUCCUAACUAACAACCAUAAUAUAUUAAUAUUAAUUCCAUUCCAUAUAUGGACUAUCUUAAUUUAUGAUUUGACUAUUUAAUAUUUGUUACUCUUCUAUCAACAGUUGGAAUAUUUUAGUUACCGUUUAAGGAAUUUUAUUUCCAUUGUUUAUAAUUAAUGCGAAUUAAAUAAAUACAGCAAGUGAUUUGGGCGGAAACUGUCUGAUGAGGUAGACUCCCUCCCCCUCGAGAAAUUAGGGUUCUCGAUCGAUUCUCUCGGCAGGAAACCGCCAAGGGGGAUACCUUUUCUUCCGACAACUGUUGUCUCUUCCCGUUGUUUCGUAUCUGUAAGCCCUUCCACUCUUCCGCAAGAACUCUACUAUGCUCUUCUGAACAGUUCUUUGGGAUUCACGAUCGAUCUUUUCAAUUCCGUCUCCGGAAUGAUUCUGCGAUGCCAUGAGAAGUUCUGUUACGAACUUACGAGAUCGUUUGCUUUCGUGUUCUCCGUAUUUGAUUGCUGCGUUUUCUGCUUCUGGGUUUUGCGAUUCUGAGUCCAGCAGAGAAGUGAUAGGUUGCGUUGGUUUUUCCGAUUGCCGGGAAAUGCUAGGUUGAGGCCAAUAGACACAUAGCAGAUCCCAGACUCUAAACUUUUUCUAUGCAUUUUAAUCGGUGAGCUGUUACAAAGUUUCGAAAUUUGGUCUCAAAAUUUGUUGAAUUGGGUGGUUGGGUGAGCUAGUUUGCUCAUUGCAACUUUUUUCAGUGUGAUACACUUUAAUCUCUCAAAAGUUGAACUUUCCCCUAUCUGUUUCAACCCGAGGAUAUUGCGAGAUUUGUCUAGAGGGCUGCUCUAGAAAAUAUGGGUUCACUCUGUUGCGUGGCUGCAAGGCCACAUGAAUCAAAUGCUGAAAGCAGGGACUGCUCUGUUGGCCCACAUGAACCGUAUUGGAGGACUAAUACAAGUUUCUCCCCUCCCCCUUCAAGAUGGGACUCCAAUGGGGUUAAUGAUGGUAUCAGGUUUUAUGACUCAUCUGCAUCAUCAAACAGUCAUAACUGGGCGAGAAGUGGUAGUUUUCUUCUUGGUCACCGCUACACUGUAUCCGAUGGUGGUGGGGUGUUUUUAAGCAGUCCUUCUGACCUUUCUCAGUGUCCUCAAUUUACUCCUCCAUCUUUACGAGAUGUCAAUGCUAACAGUUGUGAAAGCUUGAGAAGGGGAGAUCAUAUUCUCAGAAAAGUCCCUUUUACUCCUACAGUAGAGGGAACAUCGAGAAAUGCGGAUAUCGGGGGUUCAUUUUCAUCGUUUUCUGACAGUGGUGACUCUGAAUCUACUGCAAGGGCACACACGUCAUCCCACCGCAACAUCUCAAGCCGGCGUUUUUUCUUGUCCAAACCCGUCCACCCUUUGAUGUUUCCUUCUGAGACUGUUAGAGAAGCAUCUGACUCUGCAGAUGCCUGCAGUUGGAGCAGCGCCAGCAGUAGCAUCGAUACGGUGGAUGUUUCCGAGCUAAUUGAGUCGGAAAAUUCAACUCUACCACCGUCAACAGUGUCAAAAACUUUUAAAUGCGGAUUGUGUGACAGGUUCCUCUCACAGAGAUCACCUUGGGGUUCUCAUCGGAUCAUAAGAAGUGGAGACAUGCCUGUCACAGGAGUGCUACCAUGCUGCCACGUCUUUCACGCAGAAUGUCUGGAUCAGACAACACCAAAGACCCAGAGGAAUGACCCACCUUGUCCAGUAUGCACGAAACGGGAAGGAGAGAACUCUCCUCUCUCCCGAGUACGAAACAAUUUCCCAAAGCUCAAACCUUUCCGAGAAGAUGGGCCAUCUACAAGGCCGUGGGGCUGUGCCCAGGUGGGUGACUGUGUCGAAAGCGCUCUGAACGUGCCUCCAAGAAGCACCAUGAUGCUUCUCAACAGGAACCGCGUUAAGAAAAACCUCACCUUGAAGGGGAAUUCAAGCAAGGAUUUUCCGGGAAAACUCAAGAAAAGCAGUUCAUAUAUGACCGAGAAACUGACAGAUCAACUCUCACUCGGGCGGUCGAGAGGCAAAGAAAAAGCCUUGUGGUAGCAGAGCCAUCAUCUAGUAAGGUUAAUUCACUUGGCUUACAGCUGAUUUGUAGUAACUCAACCAAAAACCUUGACCCUGUUCUGUCUUGGAAGAUCAUUCAGGCUGUGUAGUGUAUAUGGUUUUUGUGCCUUGUGAAAGGAUUCCAAGUCCUUGUUUAGUUUGUGAUUCUUUUGUUUACUCAGGUUUCAUCUUGUUGCAAGCAAAUUUAUUAGAGCUUUUGAUUGUAUCA